CGUUUCUUCGUGCGUUUCCCCCGCCGGGUGCCGCAUUGCCUCGCCCUUCCUCCCUAUGGAGGUAAACGGCUUGUUGUAGCGGUCGGUGCCGCCAUGCUGAGCUCCCCUAUGGCUGAGUAGCAGGGGGCCCUGUCUGUCAAACGCACCUGGCGCUGCACGUGGAGCUGUGUGUGCCCCUAUGUGCCCCUUUCAUGCCCCCCACUGGAGGACGACCCCUGCCACACGGCCCCUGUCUGCCCUUCUGCCAUGCGGGUUAGAUAGAGAAGAGCAGAGACACGCUUGUUUGUAUUCAGCACUCGGAGAUGGAGGGCCCCCGGGUGAAGGGCGCAGAGCCUACCCUCAGCAGUGCCAGCAAGGAGGAGGCUGCCAUGGACACUUACCUGAGGUCUAAGGGGCUGUACAGGAAGAAGAUCGCUAAGGAUGGAUCUUGUCUGUUCAGGGCAGUGGCUGAGCAGGUAUUGCACUCUCAGGCACAGCAUUUGGAAGUCAGGAAAUCCUGUAUAAAGUACCUGCGUGAGAACAGGUCCCUCUUUGAAGCUUUUAUCGAAGGCUCUUUUGACGAAUAUUUGAAACGUCUAGAAAAUCCACAGGAAUGGGUUGGCCAAGUGGAAAUAAGUGCCCUUUCUCUGAUGUUCAAAAAAGAAUUUGUAAUUUACCAAGAGCCUGAUGUCUCCCCUGCUCAUGUCACUGAUAACGGCUUCACUGAAGAGAUAAUGCUGUGCUUUUCUAAUGGAAAUCACUAUGACAUCAUUUACCCUUCUGGAUAUGCUGAAAAUGCUGCGUUGUGCCAAUCUAUAAUUUAUGAGUUACUUUAUGAAAAAGUGCUUGGGGUCAACGUUACAAAAAAUAUGUUGAAAACGGAAGCAUUUGACUGGAAAGUUGAAACCUUUGAUAGUGAUGCUUCAGGAUCUGAUGGAGACGAUGAUGCAGCCAGUUACGGAGAUAAUGUGAAUUUUGUUGGUGUGAAUGGAUUUAAACCUCACAAGGAUGGGAAGCCUCCACAGAUCAAGGAAAGUAAUUCAGUGGUGUCGGCAGCCGCUCUUCAAUCACUUAAUCCAGCAGUUUUCAGAAAUGUGGAGUAUGAGGUCUGGAUGAAGUCACAAAGGGAUCAGCAACGGAUGGAUUUCACCAUUGCUGCUGGCAUGCAGUAUUCUGUGGGAGACAAAUGCAAAGUUCAAUUAGAGUAUGGAGGAACUUUUUAUAAUGCUCACAUCCAAGAAGUUGUUGCUGAGAACGGACCAGCUGUGGUUUUUGUGGAAGAGCUGGGUGAAAGAAAAGUUGUUCCACUGAAAAACCUUAAACCAGUCCCACUGACUGUCAGCAAUAAUGAUGGCUGGAGCACUGUUGCUGGGAAGAAGUUAAAAAAGUCUUGUGUGAGUGGCCCGGUGGUGCAGUUCGAGAAGGAUAGCAGAGGACAGAAGAGCUUAGCUAAACCGCUUAAGACUCAGUCUGUACCUUCUCCGCGUCAACAAGCCUCUGGAAGCAAGCAGCCUGGACUUCCUGCAGAUCAGACUGUCGUCAGUGAGAAUAAAGGGCAGAGCAAGACUCCAAAAGUGCCUGGAAGAAGGCUUGAUCGGGAAAGAGGUGAGGAGUCAAGCUUCCACAAAAAGGAAAGUGUCCACUUUGGUCUGACUCCAGAAGAAAGAAGAGAGAAACAAGUCAUUGAGGAGUCUAAGUCUUUGUAUGAGAUGCAGAACAGGGAUACAGAAGCAUUUCCGACACUUGCUGCUUCUUUAGUUGAUGCCACUGCUACAAGUUCUGAUGUGAAAAAGAACCCGAUGGUAAAUAGAGAGAAGAGUGCCAGGAGAAAGUCAGAAGAUGACCAGAAGACUAAAGCUCCCAAACUGGCUCAACCUGCAACAGUGGAUGAUCAGAAACCAUGUGAGGAAAUGAAAAAACCACCUGCUACCUCUGAUGAAAUUGUCGUCAUACCUGAUGUCACCACUCUUCCUACCCCUGCUGAACAGCAAACGCCCACCACAGUGCCUUCUCAACCCCCAGUAGUGACGCCUUGGUCAGGUAUUUUAGCACAGGCAGCAGCUUGUGAAGAAGCUGCGCCCGACUCUGCUGAGUUGCAACCUCAGGUGACAUCAACAUUCGAACCACUUCCAGUUUCAAUGCCAGCAGUUAGCCAGCACUUACUGCCAAUGCCUCAGACCCUGAGUCUGUACCAAGAUCCUCUAUAUCCCGGAUUCCCUGUGAAUGAAAAGGGGGAGAGAAUUACUUCGCCACCCCCCUAUUCCUACUGUAAAAACGGAGAUGAUCUCCCGAGUGAUAAAAGCAUCCUUCAUUUCUUCUAUAAUCUUGGCAUUAAGGCUUACACAUGUCCAAUGUGGCCCCCGCAUUUAUAUUUGCAUCCUCUUCAUCAAGCGUACCUAAAUGUGUGCCGGAUCUAUCCAAAUAUUCCUGUUUACCCUCAAAACAGUUGGAUGCAGGACACCACUGUAAACCAAAAUGAACCAGACCCUUCACUGUCCGUACACCAGAAUGAAGUGAGAAAUGAUAACCAGGUUCUGCAGCCUGCUAUUCUAUGCUCUUCAUCGCCUCUUGCACCAUCUGUCCAAACUUCUGUAGCAGGACAAGUUCCAUCUCAAUUUAAUGAAUCUGAGGAUAAGCAGCAGUUCCAGCCAGGGUUAAAUGACUUUGAAGGCGCACAACCAAGCGAGACAAUAUUCCCACAACCUCACUUUGGGCAAGCCUCUUACAUGGGACAUCUUCCAGUAGCUCCUCAAGUUUUUCCGCAAGUGUGGUAUGGAUAUCCAUAUCAAGGAUAUGUUGAAAACCCAGUCGUACAACAUAAUGUGUUUAUUACCCCUCAGAGUACAAAUGUGCCUGACAACACUUUAUUUGUUGAUGUUGCUGAAAGCCACACAGUCGAAAGAGCUAUAAAGCAGCCCCAAGAGCUAGUGAAUGAAAGCAGACCAGAUCAGCCUUUGUCAUUUAAUGUUGUUGCUACAGAGGAGCCUGGAUUAAACGCCUUUCAGGUUAAACCAGGACCGCAAAUAAUUUUAGAUAGGCCUGAAAUAUAUGAUACAAAGAGCCUUCUAGAAAAAGUGCCCGAGAACCAGGUGUCUCCAUCAGUUGUAUCUAAAACCCCAGAGGAAAGGAGGUCCAGCGAAGACAGAGUCUAUCAGUUAGCCACAGUGACCGCAUCUAUAAACCCACCUGAAGACAGACCAAUAAGGGCAAAAGAGGAGAGCUCAGAAGAUGAGAGAGAAGUAUCUAAUAUAUUGAGUGGUGGCAGAUCAAAGAACUUCUACAACCAGUCAUAUGGAAGCCGGAGGUUCAGAAAUGAAAAAUUUCAUCAACCCAACAGAGGUGGCUACCAAUAUUCUAGAAAUGAGGAUGCCUGGAGGGGAGCAAGAGGCAGAGAAGAUGGCUAUCCACAGUACAGAAAUUAUAGGGGAAGGCCGAAUCGCAGGCGGCCAAUGGGAGAUCCAUAUAGGCAAUACCACGAAUAGAAAUUCUGAGUUUGUUUGUAUUUAUUUGGACAGUUUACUUAAGAUAAUAAAAUACAGAUUCUAUUUAAAAUUUGGUUUCAGGGAAAAGUGUAAAAUAGAUUAUAGCAAUAGACUAUUUUUUUUUUUUUUGUCCGAAUUUUGUAGUGUUUUUUUUUUUUUGUUUUGUUCUCUCUCUCAAUAUAGACUCACUAGUGGGGAUUGUUUCAAAUGUUUUCUUUAUAUAACUCCUCUUAUGAAAUGUUUAGUGUUUGUAAGAAUAAUGUAGAUGGCUUGGCAUUGGCAGAUUUCUCAGUGUGUUAAUGCGGUGAAGUUUAUCAUGCCAAAUAGCGAUGUCCUAUUUUUAAUUGCCUUAGAAUACUUUAGACAUUUUACAAAGCUUGGUAUGAUAAAAUUGCUUUUGAUUGUGCUUCCAUUCCUAAAGGCCUUUGACUAUGAGAUCGCCAAACCCCUGUUUACUUUGCAGGGGUGAAACUUGAAUGUUGUUCCCUAUUGUGGCUUACUGUAAAUAUUACAUUGUUUAACUACUUUUUAUUUGUCGGGGAGAGCAGAAAUGUGUUGCACAACUGUAUGGUAAUGCAUGAUUACUCAGUAUUUGUAGCUCUCACGCCUGUGAGAAAAUGGAGCCAGGGCCUAUAUUAGCACAUGGUUUCCCUUCUAAGUGUCUGGUCUUCUGUCCCAAAAUGUCAUUACACAGGGCCCCUGUUUUAAAAACAAACAAAAAAAAGCGAAUGACAUUCAUGUUGGAAAUUUCUCACUGCUUUGCUACAACUAUUAAUGCUAUUUUCAGGUGUGCCAAUGUCCUGGUUAUUUUCACUACCAUGAUCUGGCUGAUGCAGAAAUUUGCCUUACUGCAGAUACAUCUGGGGCAGGUGGGUUCAUUGUAGUUUAUGGUAACAGACUUUAGAAGCCCAAGCUCAUGCAUGUGCCUUGUCUCUGAUUGUUAAAAUAAUUUUUCUUUCCUAUAAUUUUUCCAAUUUUUGAAUGGGUGGAUCACAUGGAUAUUGUGACAGCAUUACCGCUUCCUAUCGAAUACCAAGAGAAGUUGCUUUUCAAGAUGCAUUCAGAGCAUUUUCAAUGCAUGCAAUGCUGCAGGUGUUUGGGGAAGUCUUAUACAGUUUGUGCACAGGCAGUAAAAUAAACUCCAUAGAUAUUUAAGGAUGCAAGUAUAUGACCUGUUAUCUUGAGCUGCCAUCUCUUCUGUUACUGUUUGGCAAAACUCUCAGCACAAAGGAGUCACUGGACAUAUAUGGUAGCUAUGUACACUGUUCAGGAAACUAAAAGUGUAGAACAAGGUAUAAUAUUUGAGGGAGUAAAGACGCUGUUUACAGUUUUUGCGUUUUAUGCUCUGCCACAUUACCCUUAAUUGCCUUGUUACCAUAGAGUUGUGUGAGCUUUCUCUGCAAAUACAGCUAAGCUCCAGACAGGAUUCCACAGCUGGCCAUUUAAACAUAGAGAUGCAUUAAUAUCAGGUCUUGGGUAAGAAAAAAUGUUUCCCUAUUGUAAACUUAAUAGCCUGCUAUUCACAGCUUGAUUGUGUAAUUGGGGGGAACUGACAUAUGCACAGUUGAAUUGGUAUACCUAAUAAACUGAUAGCUGCUAGCAAUAACUUAAAGCUACAGAAACAAAAUUGACGUCUUGAGCUUUGGCACAAGACACAUGAAAGUAAAUGGAUGCUACACUUUGCACUGAUGUAUCAAAAAGAUGUCUAAGAAUUUAAAGUGUUUUAUUUUAACUAUAUAGAUAAAAAUUGCUCCUUAGUAUGUUCUACUGUUUUUUUUUUUUUUUAAAGAUUGAUAGAAUUUAACAUUUAUGUAUUUUUUCUCUUUUUUUGUUUGUUUUGCUAUACUGAUAUUUAAUUUCCUGAUUCCCAUACCCUGUUAUUGCUUCUGUUAAGGGUGUUUUGUUUUUGUUUUUUUUUGGUUGUGGUGGACUCUUGAAUGUCUAUUUUUCAUUAUGAUUGCAAAUUUAAAAUGUACUCAAGACGCAUUGUUUCCAGGGAUGGUUAUUCUUUAUAUAUCCUGAGUGCAGUGUGUUUUUAGAGCAGCUUUGCUCUCAUGUUUACAGGUUGUUUGUCUUCUAUACUUGUAAAUAAAAAAAAUAGAUUUAACAUGUAUUCUUGUGCAUGGAUAAAUUUGACUUGUCAAUGUUUUCAUUUUUAUAGAAACCUUUCUUUCUGUGCUGGUUUGUCUUGUUUAUAUUCUGUCUUAAAGCAAAAUGUUGGUAAAUAAAACCUUUCUAGAA